AGAGUCAGGAGAUGGCCACCUCGCAGUCCAACAUCCAAGUAAUCGUCCUCCCGUGGUUCCCCCAAGAUUCGCUGUUUGAUCCAGCCCUUCGACUGCUAGACGAGAAUGUCAGAGCUUCUGUCACACGAUUCUACAGAAAGGAAGGCCGGUGGCGCUCUCUCCUCGGUCGCCUUUUGACCGUCCUGGUGCUGCGGGAUCAAGGUGCAGAGGGAGAGCUUCAAUUUGAGAAAACAUCCCGAGGAAAGCCGUACUUGGCCCAUCCAGUCCUACAUCCGCCCAUUCUCUUCAACAUUUCUCAUGAUAAUAGCCUCAUUGCCUUUGGAUACUCUCGACCCCUUGGGGAUGGGCCGCAUCGCAUUGGUGUGGACUGCAUGAAGCUCGCUAUCCGUUCGGAUGAGACGCCGCGUAUGUUCGUUCAGGUGAUCAGCGAACAACUUACGCCAGGCGAACUCGCAUCACUUCAACAGCCAAUGUCGGACGAGCAUUUGAUUGAACGCGCGUUCAUCAUCUGGACGAUCAAAGAAGCCUUUAUCAAGGCCAUCGGCGAAGGCAUGGCUUUCGACCUGCAGCAGAUCGAUUGUCGUUUGGACCAAGGGGCUAUCUGGGUCAGCGGCAUGCCCGCUACAGAAUGGCAAUUCAGGCUAUGGGCGAUUGAGAUCGUGCCUGCCGGGAUGGCCCGACAGAGAUAUGCCGUGACGACUUGCGAAUGGGUCGGAGAGGGAGGCGGGGUUAUUUUCGAGAAUGGAAGUUCGGACCGACUGGAGCUCAUGUUGGGAACCGAUCUUCUGCGUCGCGUCGGUCUCGUAUCAGCUGAAAGCGAAGCAGAGAUGCAAGUCACCUUUGGUGCCUUGCACUGGUUAGCAUAGAGGCGAAUGAUGCGUCACCCCACACACAGUGGCGUUUUCUGUCGAACACAUAUCUACUCGGUGCAACCAAUGAUUCGCGCACCAGCUAUUCUAGUCUUAGAACAAAGCUCUAUGGACGCUGGUGGGCUUCGAAUACUCUC